AAGCCGGAAGUCGCUGUGAAUCGUGAAGUUCUGAGGGAAGCUGCUUGGUGAACUCUUAUUCAAAACUUUGGCCAGACUUAAUUAACUGCUGUUUUUACAAGCUGAAUCUGUAGUCUCCUGACGAAUCCUGUUCGUACGGGUCGCGUGGCUUCCAGACGAGUGUGAAGUGGCGUUUAAAGUGCUCCUCAUGGCAUUAUUUUGGGCGAGAGAGCAGUAAUUCGCAGAGCCCUGUUGAUCAGAUCAGCCAGAGGUCGCAGAACUGCAGAGUAAGCGGUGUCUCUCAGGACUGUAAGAUGACCGAGUAUAAGUUGGUUGUUGUGGGAGCAGGUGGUGUUGGGAAGAGUGCUUUAACCAUCCAGCUCAUUCAGAAUCACUUUGUGGACGAAUAUGACCCUACUAUUGAGGACUCUUACAGGAAGCAGGUGGUGAUUGACGGUGAGACAUGUCUCCUGGACAUCCUGGACACUGCAGGUCAGGAAGAGUACAGCGCAAUGAGGGACCAGUACAUGAGGACAGGAGAGGGUUUCCUCUGUGUCUUUGCCAUAAAUAACAGCAAAUCCUUCGCAGAUGUGCAUUUGUACAGAGAACAGAUCAAGCGCGUGAAGGACUCUGAUGAUGUUCCCAUGGUCCUAGUGGGGAACAAGUGUGAUUUGGCCAGAACGGUGGACACCAAGCAAGCUCAGGAACUUGCCAGAAGCUACGGCAUAGAGUUUGUAGAAACUUCUGCCAAGACCAGACAGGGAGUUGAGGAUGCUUUUUACACCCUUGUCCGUGAGAUCCGACAUUAUCGCAUGAAAAAGCUCAACAGUAGAGAAGACCGAAAGCAGGGCUGUCUGGGCGUGUCCUGUGAAGUCAUGUGAAUGCACUGCCUCCCCUUUUUUGUUGUUUUAGUUUUUUAGCAGUUUGUUGACCAGGCAGCUGGAAGCCUCAUGACAGUGUGUGCACGUGUGUGUGCCCUCUGCUGGCUGAAAGGGAUUCAUGCACAACUGGUCAUCUUUCCUGUUGGCCUGCUGUAAUAGAAAAAUUAGGCCAUUGGACAUUUACGUGUCUUAACAGAGGCUCAUUUGACUCAUUUAGUACUUGGGUUUUGCCUCUUCUUUGAGGAGAAAAACUUAAACGGGCAUUGAGUUCUUCUUUCUUGACUUCUGACCUGUUAUAAAACACACCACAUUUCACCACAAAAUUGAAAGAUCUUUUUUUUUUUCACAUUUUCAUGGACAUUUAACACUUUCCCCCCUCAAAUUCUCAUCAUAAUGCAUCCAAAUAUUUACAUGCAAUUCCUAUUAUUCUCAUUGGUGAUUCCCAUUGUUGUGAUGCAAUAAAUUCUACUGUAAUAGGAUCUUUUCUUAGAAGUCUAACACCUACUAGUACGAUGCAUAAAUACUUUACAGUUAGUUUUUUUCAUUACAGUAAUAUUAACUAAAAAGGGAGAUGUGCUUAAUUGUCAAUAAAUAUAUGAUGAUAAUAAUGCAAAAACGUAAUAGUCCUAAAAAUAGUA